AAAUAUUGCGAAGGAAGGAAGGAUUGCGGCAGGCAAGGAUAGACGCGGGCAUGUCCAGGGAUAGUGUCAAUGCCCUACCUGAUGUCACCAGUUUGGUGGCUGCUUCUAUGGGCGGGAGUUUGGUCAAAGGGGUGGGUGACGCUUGUGGCGAAGUGGCGGGCGACGCUUUUGACGAACGGGCGGCCGGCAGCGGGCCAGGUAUCACGGUGCAACGCACAAGUGCAUCUGCUGCACGUGCUGCACGAAUGCGACAGAUGGUGUUGGAGGAGACCGACAAUGUCAUCACAAAGAACGAGCAGACGUCAAUAGGAGUAGACCGCUGGAUGACAUGCACGAACCAACCAUUCAACAUAGUUGAGAACGAGUUAUUCAACGACAUGGUCAACGCCAUACGAGAGACCCACCCAUCAUGGAAACUGCACUCGAGAGAGGCGGCGUGCAAUGGCCGAUUGAACGGACAACACUUGACGGCGGUCGACGACGUGGGGAGGUUGGCGAAGAAGUGGGCUCGCAGAGGUUGUAUGGUGCAAUUAGAUGGGUGGUCUGACCGGCGGGGAAGACCACAUGUAAACGUCAUGGUGUCCUCUCCCAUUGGCGCCGUCUUUUGGAAGUCAGUGUGCGUAGCGGGAAAGGACAAAGACGCUAGUGCGUACUACAAAAUACUCACCGCUGCAAUUGAGGAGAUUGACCCAAGAAGCAUGGUUGGGGUGAUCAUGGAUAAUGCUCGGGUUUGUGUGAAGGCCGGGAAGUUGGUGGAGAAAAAAUAUAUGUGGAUAUUUCGGGUGGGUUGCACGACGCAUGCCCUUGACCUCGCAUUGGAGGACAUGGACACGCGCAUUCCGUGGUUUGCGGAGACUGUGAAGAUGGGGAAUGUGUUGGGGAAGUUUGUGAUGAACCACGACAAGGUUCGAGCACUCUUCCUAACCAAAUCGGGUGGUGUGCAGAUUAAGAGGUCGGGCGUCACUCGAUUCGCUACCAACAUCAUCAUGUUGCAAUCGUUGUGGGACAGGAGAAACGCCCUGAAAUUGAUUGUGGCUGCCAGCGGGUGGGUCUCCUCCAUAGUGCCACCCCACUUGCGUUCUCAAUUUGAGGAGGUGACGGUUACUAUCUUGGAUGGUGGCUUUUGGGAGCGGGUGGACAAGGCCUUGAGAACCACGGACCCCAUUGUAACGCUACUGAAGCUCGUCGAUGGUCCGGACGCAACAAUCGCCAAGGCCCAAGUGAUCAGACUGUUGGGACAGGCAAGCUCUUCAACGACAUGUGAACGCAACUGGAGUCUGCAUGAGCUCAUUUUCGGCAGGAGGAGGAUGAAGAUUAUGCCCACCCGCCUAUCAAAGCUUGUCUACAACAAUUGGAACCUCCACCUGCAGUGGAGGCAAGAGCACGACCGUGAUGUGGAUGAUGUCCACAUUCCGUGGGUGGAGGAAAUGCAAGAUGCCGAGUUGAAGGAGGAGGCAGAGCAAUUUUACAAUGAUUGGGUGAAACGGGUGACGAACAGCACACCGAGUGGCGGGAACGACGCGUCGGAGGAGGAAGAUGAGUCGGAGGACGACGGCGACGGCGAGGAAAUGCCUAUGGCAAGGAGGUGGUUGCGCAAUGAUGAGGCUCGAGAGAAGGGUAAUUGGGUGGAGGGUCGAAAGCAAGGCGGAAGCAGCAGGCAGCGUAAAGUGCGGCGCGGUGAUGAGUGUCGUCGUGACGGUAAACGUGUUGCGGAGGAGGUCAUUGCACCUCCGGAGAAACGAAGGAGAGGGCGGCCGACCAACAAAGAGGUCGCAGCAAGAAAAGCAGCAAUGCAAGCUGAGAGGAAAAAGGCAGCGUCAGAAGCAUCGAGAAAAAAAAAAACCGUUGGAAAGAAAAAAGCAGCAGCAAAAACAAGAAAGAGGGACGACAUCAUCGACGGUGACAGCACGGAAGCAUGCUCAUCGUCUUCAAAUUCAUCAGAGGAAGGGGAUGAUGAAGAUCAUGAUGCCAUCGACGGAGAACCGGGAAGUGUAGAGGAGGGAACUGAGCACGAGGAGGAGGAGGAGGAAGACGAGGAGGAGGAAGGCGAGGAGGAAGAGGAAGGGGAGGGGGAAGAGGAAGGGGAGGAGAAAAAGGAAGGGGUCGCAGAGGAAGAGGGUGAGACUUCUGCAGGGGGAGGUGCAGAGGAUUAAAAUAUUUAGGCGGAGUUGAUGCUGCUGACUGCAAAGUUCGCAGUUUCACAAUUUAUCUUUCGAUGUUCGGUUGAACUUAGAACAAAUGUUCUGUUUUGUUGGCUAUGCAGUGUUUCUGUGUCUUCAUCAGGUAACUACUAACAUGUAAUAACAAGUGAACAGGUGAGUACCCUGCCACACUGCCUGCCCCGCCAAUGCAAUUGCUACAGUCACGACACCGUUGCGUGUUUCAUAAGACGAGUCGUGUGAGUACUUCGGACCCCUUUGCAUUUGUGAACGGUUCGCAACGCAGUCCACCCCAACAAAGGCCCCUACCCUGC